GCACGGAGCACCGGGACACACAAGCGCACACGCCCGGGGACCGACUGAGAGGCACGGGAGAACCGGGACCAAGACAGACCCGGGACCAAGACAGACCCGGGACCAAGACAGACCCGGGACCAAGACAGACCCGGGGACAGAGACCCAGACCCGGGGCCGGAGGAGCGGGUCGCGGCGCGGGGAGCGGGACUUGUGGACUCUCCCUCCGCGGUUCCGCCUCGGUUCGGGCGCGCGCCAUGGAGCUCUCGGGAACUUUACUUUUAUUCGUCACGCACGCGCUCAUGGGACUGCUGCGGUGCACGCGCGGGGACAGCUUCAAAGUGUGUCUGGAGGGUCAGGGUGCAGAUUGUCGUCUUUCUCAGUCCAGAGACGACGACUUCGACUGGGAACAAGGAGAGAGACACAGCCCCACGGGCCCCUGGGUCCCCACAGGCUCCGCCCCCUUCCUGGUGGCCAACACAUCGGGGCGUCUGAUUGGUCAGAGAGCUCAGGUGCUGUUACCUGUGCUGAAGGAAAACGAUACACACUGCAUCAACUUCAACUACUACAGUACUACUACUACUACUACUCUGAACGUCUACGUCACAGAGAACUCCAGUCCUGUGGGGAUUCCUGUGUUUAACUCGUCUGGACCGUCCUUCCACUCGUGGAAACUUCUGGAACUCGCCGUCUCCACCUUCUGGCCAAACUACUACCAGGUGCAGCUGUGGCAGGUGCAGAGCUGUGGCAGGUGCAGAGCUGUGGCAGUCCCUGGAGCGGUUCCUCUGGACUCCAUCGUGGGCAGCAGCUACGAGCAGCACAUCAGUCUGAGCUGGAGAGAACCGACGCACAAGUACGGCAUCAUCCGACAAUAUGAGAUCUCGUACAAGGCCCUGAGCUCCUUCGACACGGAGUUCGAUCUGACCAAUCAGAGCGGGCGUGUGUUCAAACCGGCCAAUGAGACGAGCCACCUGUUCACGGGGCUGUUUCCUGGCUCCACCUACUCCUUCACAAUAAGAGCCUCCACAAUAAAAGGCUUCGGAGCGCCGGCCACCACCCAGGUCACCACCCGCAUCUCAGCUCCGGUGAUGCCUGCGUACGAUCAGGAGUCGCCUCUGAACCAGACUGAGUCCACGGUCACGGUUCUGCUCAGACCUGCACAGAGCCGAGGAGCCCCGGUCAGUAAGUACCAGGUGGUGGUGGAGGAGGAGCGCCCCCGCAGGCAGAGGCGUGGUAGUGCAGAGAUCCUGCGCUGUUACCCGGUGCCGGUCCACUUCAGUAACGCCUCGUCCCUGAGCUCGCAGUACUACUUCAGCGCCGAACUGAACCGGGCCGACCUGAGCCACAGCACCCCCUUCUGCAUCGGAGAUAAUCGGACAUAUAACGGAUACUGGAACGUCCCUCUGCUCCCGCACAAGAGCUACGGCAUCUACUACCAGGCCGUCAGUACUGCCAACGGGGAGACGAAGAUCGACUGUGUGAGAGUCGCCACCAAAGCGGCCAUAAUUGUGACUCAGCUCACGACUCCGUACGUUCGAGCGGCUCCGGCCUCCGGCGACAAACAGCUGCCAGGGGCGGUGACUCGGAGGCCGGAGCCGGAGCACGAGACGCCGUCCGACCACACGGUGAAAAUCGCCGGAGCCAUCGCCGCCGUCCUCCUCUUCAUCAUCAUCUCCCUCGGAGUCAUCCUCCUCAUGAACAAGAGGAAAUUGUCUCAGAAAAGAAAAGAAACUUUGAGUUCGAGACAAGAAAUGACUCUGAUGGUGACGAGCUCCCACACACUGCCCACCGCGAGUACUGACGGACACACGCUCAACGGGAGAGGUCUUUCGUCGCCUUCGUCUUUCACACUCAAGUCCAACACCAUGAGCUCCAUCCCCAACUCCUACUACACAGACCCUUUCGUCCCGACGGCCAUUUUAGACGACUCCCACACUCAGAGCGAGACCUCGUCCUUGGUCCAGGCUCAUUACAAACAGCGGGACCAGGACCAGACCCUGUACCAGACCGGGACCGUGCACCCGGCGAUCCGCGUGGCCGACCUGCUCCAGCACAUCACACAGAUGAAGUGUGCCGAGGGCUACGGCUUCAAGGAGGAGUACGAGAGUUUUUUCGAGGGUCAAUCGGCUCCGUGGGAUUCGGCCAAAAAAGACGAGAAUCGAAUGAAGAAUCGAUACGGCAACAUCAUCGCCUACGAUCACUCCAGAGUCCGACUCCAGGCCCAAGACGGAGACGCCUCCGACUACAUCAACGCCAACUACGUCGACGGUUACCACCGACCGAACCACUACAUCGCCACACAAGGUCCGAUGCAGGAGACGGUCUAUGAUUUCUGGAGGAUGGUCUGGCAGGAAAACACAGCGGCCGUCGUCAUGGUGACCAACCUGGUGGAGGUGGGGCGGGUGAAGUGUUGUAAGUACUGGCCCGACGACACCGAGAUUUACGGCGACAUGAAAGUGACGCUGAUCGAGACCGAACUCCUCUCAGAGUACGUCAUCCGAACCUUCGCCGUCGAGAAGAGGGGCGUGGCCGAGAUCCGUGAGAUCCGUCAGUUUCACUUCACUGGUUGGCCGGACCACGGCGUCCCGCUCCACGCCACCGGACUCCUCGGCUUCAUCCGGCGAGUGAAGAGCAAAACCCCGCCCACCGCCGGCCCCACCGUGGUGCACUGCAGUGCGGGCGCAGGUCGGACCGGGUGCUUCAUCGUCAUCGACAUCAUGCUGGACAUGGCCGAGCGCGAAGGCGUCGUCGACAUUUACAACUGUGUGAGAGAACUGAGAGCGCGAAGAGUCAACAUGGUCCAGACCGAGGAGCAGUACGUGUUCAUCCAUGACGCCAUCUUGGAGGCGUGUCUCUGCGGCGACACGGCGAUUCCAGCCAAUCAGCUUCGCUCGGUUUAUUACGAAAUGAACCGACUCGACCCACAAACCAACUCCUGCCAGAUCAAAGAGGAGUUCAGGACUCUGAACAUGGUGACUCCGACGCUCCGUGUGGAGGACUGCAGUAUUGCACUUCUGCCUCGGAACCACGAGAAGAACCGAGUGAUGGACGUUCUGCCUCCAGAUCGAUGUCUCCCGUUCCUCAUCAGCCUGGACGGAGAAAGUUCCAACUACAUCAACGCUGCGCUCAUGGACAGUUACAAGCAGCCGUCUGCGUUCAUCGUGACUCAGCACCCGCUGCCAAACACCGUCAAAGACUUCUGGAGACUCGUCCUGGAUUAUCACUGCACAUCGAUAGUGAUGCUCAACGACGUGGACCCAGCCCAGAGAGACACACAGUGUCCCCUACUGCAUGUUAACGGCGGCGGGCGCAGCGGUGUGUUUUGUUGCGUCAGUAUUCUGUGUGAGAUGUUGAGACGUCAGAGAAACGUCGACGUGUUUCACGCCACAAAAACCCUGAGGAACAACAAACCCAACAUGGUGGAACUACUGGAGCAGUACAAGUUUUGUUAUGAAGUGGCUCUGGAGUAUUUGAAUUCAGCCUGAACCAAGAGACGAAGAGGAAGAGGAAGAGACACUACUGACAAAGGAAGAGAAUCACUGAGUGUUCAUGACGCCGCUCACCUCCACCAAAUAAACCAGGACUGAACCAGGACUAAACUGGGACUAAACCAGGUCUGAUCCAGGUCUGAUCGGGUCUGAGCAGGUCCUGUUUUAUUUGCAGAGUUUGUGGUUUGUUUUUUGUUGCACUGCUCGUGAUGUUUUGAUGUAAAUGUAUUGUACAGAGAACAGCCCCCCCCGCCCCCGUCCCUACAACUCCCCCUCUGUCCCCACAACUCCCCCCUCUGUCCCCACAGCGCCCCCUCUGUCCAUCACUGUCCGUCAUGCUUUUGUAUUUGGAGUAUUUGGAGUAUUUGGAAUAUUUGGAGUAUUUGGAGUAUUUCAAAUGGAGCUGGAGUCGUCGCGUCAUGUUUAAAGCUUUACUACGGUUUAUUUCACUCGUUUUGUCCUUUUCCUUUGGACUGAAGCAAACACUGUAAAACACUCAGCAUGAUGGGAAAUGUGUAUGACAGGUGCUAUAACAGGUGUAUGACAGGUGUAUGACAGGUGUAAAUGUGUGUAAACCAAACGCUGCACUUCCUGUUUCUCUGAAACACAAAUCACUACAAAACAACAACAAAAAAACCUGAAUCCACCAAAAGGAAGGAUUUGAUUUAUUUAAAGUGACAGGUGACACUCUGACAGGUGAGCCUCUGACAGGUGACACUCAUUUGACUGAAACAGUUAAAAUCAUCAGAUUUCACUGAAAACAUUUUUUUUUUUUCCAGUUUGGAUUUUUUUCGGUUUCAGAUUUUACUUCCUGGUUGGAAAUUGUUACCGUAGCAACCGUGACGUACACGACGAGUCCCACAGAGUUUCAUCUGACAAAUAAAAAUACAAGAAAAACUCUUUUAUUUUGUUGAAAUCAGGUUUGAAGUGUCAGAAAAAUGUUUGUGUCAAGACAGAAUCUCCCGGUGUGACGUCAGUCUGAGCCUCGUCAGAACCUGUCGCACUUUAAACCACAAAAAUCUCCAAGAAACUAGUUUGAAAUUUUGUUUCAUUUUUAAAUUCUUGUUUUGAUUUUUUCAUCAAAAUGUUCUGUCUGUUUUGUUUUAAGCUCCUGUUUCCUGUUUGACUUUAAACCUGCAGAUCCCGCUCGAACACAGGCCCCGCCCCCAGAACACAGGUCCCGCCCCCUGAGCACAGGCCUCGCCCCCUGAGCACAGGCCCCGCCCACAUGCUCCCACGCGACAACUCUCCAUAAAACCACUAAAACACGACACAAAACUGAACACAGCAACUGGACAAACCUGAUGUUUGUGCAGGAGGCUCUGAAGGGGGAGCGACUCAGCACAGAGAGCAAAGAGAAGAAAGACUCAUAAAACCUGUGAGUCUGUGUUUUUGGGCGAAUAAAACAUUUUCAAAACGUGAUCCAAUAAACCCACAGAGUCACCGCCGACCGGAACCUCCCAGAGCUUCAGACCUGAGUUCCCUUGGACUCAGUGGAGGUUCUGGAGGUUCUGUGUGGUUCUGUGUGGUUCUGUGGGGUUCUGUGGGGUUCUGUGUGGUUCUGUGUGGUUCUGUGUGGUUCUGUGGGGUUCUGGAGGUUCCACUCGGGCGGGAUCAGGUUCCGUGUGUUUCUGUGUUUCUGUGUUGGUGUUCCUGGCGGCGCUGGCGUCUGAUUGGCUGUCGCUGCGUCACAUGACCUGUGCAUACUGUACAUAGGACACAGAGUAUUUAUUCCUGAUGCAUUCUGGGAGGUGUAGUUUUCCUUGUGUCGUGUUUGAGACAAUCUGCUGCUCACUGUAAAAAAAAUUAUUUAAAAUGUCAAUAAACUGAA